AUGCGUCUCUCAAUAUUUGCUGCUGUUGCAACAGUUGCUUUUGCUUUGCCAACUCGCGUUGAACGUGAUGGCGACAUCUUAUCAAAUCUCUUUGGUGACUUACCAAUUGCUGGAGAUCUUCUUUCUCCAUCAUCAUCAGCCAAACGCGCUGAUAGCGGCAAUCCGCUCUCAAUAGUUUCCGAUAUCACAAACAGCUUGCCUAUCGAUAGCCAAAAUUUCCCAUUAAAGCGUUCAGAUCCAUUCAGUGAAAUCGUUAGCAAGGUUCUCAAUCAAACUGCUAAGCGCGAUGAACUCCCAGGUCUAGACUUAGUCGGUAAAGUCUUGAAUGACACAAUGGGUGCACUCCCAACUAAGCGUCAAGAUGAAAUCAGCAGCUUGAUUGGUAAUGUUAUUGAUCAAGUAACAGGUGGAAGCUCCUCAAGAAAGCGUUCUGAAUCAGAUUUACUCGCACCAGUUGAACAACUACUCGGUCCAUUACUCGGUGGUGGCUCAAAGCGUGAAAUUGAUGCAUCAACCGUACAACAACUCGCUGGUCAAAUUGAAAACGCUUUCAAUCUCUCAGAAGACCAAAAGAACGCAGUAAAUGGUGCACUCUCACAGUUUACCACCUCACUUAGCAAGCGCGCCGAUAUCAGCGUCGAAGACCUCGCCAAACAAGCCAUUUCUUUCAUUACUAAAGGCGAAUCAAAGAGAGACGCUGGUAAUAUUAUCGAUAGCACUAUCACUAAAGUUGAAGAUACAGUUGAACAAGCGCUCUCAGGUAGUGCUUAA